AUGGGGUCUCCCUUCUCAAAAUACCCAAACGUGGGCCCAUUUGGCACAUACGACGACAUCACAAAUGUGGUCAAACGGGGCGAUCUCAUCGAGAUCAAGCGCACGUUGAUUAGGCAUUGGGUGAUAUGCAAGUUCAUCGAUGACCAGGGUGUUGUCUGGUGCUGUCACGUGUCGAAACUCGAACGUAUGGGCAAAAAGAAAGUGUUUUUUAGGUGUCAACCAUUGAGUGACAUAUUGAAGGGCGACAGAGGGUCGAGCGCUCCGGAGGGUAACCGACAGUCUAUGGACUUGUGUCGCGUGAAUAACAAGGAGAUACAGGCGCGACAAAGGGGACUGACUGCCCGACCACUGGAUGAGGUGUUUGCAGAUUUGGAGGCUUUGGAGGGUCAGACAAUGGAGUAUGAGCUCACUGGCCUAAACUGUGAGUUUUACUGCACGCUAUUAAAAUAUGGUAGGGGGUGGUCGAGCCAAGUGGACAUUGCCAUGUCCAUGGUGGAAGGAGGUCUAAUUGGCGUCGCACUUCACCUCGCCACAACGGCUAGCAUUGGGCCAUUGUCGGCGCUAAAUCAGGGGAAAAAUAUUGAAAAUAACGAAAAUGUGCAACGUCAAAUUCGGUCAAUGGUCACCGAGCAUCGCGAGGCCGUGGCUAUGGCUCAGCGGCUAAACGCAGAAAACGCCCGACGAAAACGCUACAAACGUUUCACGAAGCUCAUAUUUACUGCCAUGCUAUUCAUUAUAGCCCUGGUCCUUGGUUAUUAUCUAGGGUUGUCAGCCUCUAGCGUCAGUUCUGACCUGGAUAUCAAACAAGUGGUCGCAUCGGGAGAUCUCAUUGAAAUACAGCGCUCGGGUUAUAACCAUUGGGUGAUAUGCGAGUCCAAUGAUCCCAAUGACCCCAAUGACCAGGGUGGUAAGGGUGGUACUGUCUGGUGCUAUCACGUGUCGUCCAUCAACAGUAGGGCUAAGAAUAAGGUUUACGUGAGAUAUGAAGCACUCAUUGAUAUACUGCCAAAGAGGACGGGACUGAAGGGUGGGACGUGUGUCGGGUCAACAAUCAGGAACAGGAGGCCGACAAGACUCAUG